AUGAAAGCUGUGAUCUCGGCCGAUGAACUCGCUAAAGAUGUCGCUGGUGCUGAAGCACUUUUGGAAAGCCACCAGGAGCAUAAGGGAGAAAUUGAUGCUCGUGAAGACAGUUUCAACCAGACGGCUGUUUCCGGUCAAGGUCUUCUUGAUAUGGGAAUCCCAGAAAGCGACGAAGCUAGUUAUAUAUUUUUACUUUUCCUGCUUUCUACGAGAGAAGUUGCUUUUCAGGUCCGUCAAAGGCUAGAGCAUCUGGCCCAUGAAAAGGCCGCUCUGCUUGCUCUUUGGGAAGAGCGCCGUAUUCUGUAUGAGCAGUGCAUGGAUCUUCAGCUGUUUUAUCGUGACACCGAACAAGCUGAGACAUGGAUGAACAAGCAGGAAGCUUUCCUUGCCAAUCAAGACCUCGGCGACUCGCUCGAUGCUGUUGAAUCGUUGAUCAAGAAGCAUCAAGACUUCGAAAAGUCAUUAGCUGCACAGGAAGAGAAGAUUAUUGCUCUCGAUGAGUUUGCCACGAAACUCAUCCAGGGUCAGCAUUAUGCUGCAGAUGAUGUGUCAAGAAGACGUCAUGCCCUACUUGACAGAAGACGUCGUCUCAUGGACCGUGCCGCCGAUCGUGCUCGUCAGCUACAUGAAAAUUAUAAAAAGCAGACAUUUAAUCGGGACUGCGAUGAAAUGGAGAGCUGGAUCAAAGAGAAGCUGAAGACAGCUAAAGAUGACUCCUACCUUGACCCUACAAACAUUCGUGGGAAACUUCAAAAGCACACCAAUUUCGAGCAAGAACUCAAGGCCAACCGUAACCGUCUGGAUGAAAUCAACGAUACUGGCGCUCAGAUUAUUGAGAGCGGUCAUCCUGAAGCUGACGAUGUACGUCGUCGUCUAAAAGACGUGGAUGAGUUGUGGAAUGAGCUUGUAGAUGCGACGAACAAGAAAGGAGCGAAACUUCGCGAAGCUGGCGAUGAGCAACAGUUCAAUCGUAACAUCGAAGAUGUCGAGCUAUGGCUUAGCGAACUCGAAGGACAGGUCGCUUCUGAGGACUUUGGCAAGGAUCUCGUAUCGGUCCAGAAUCUCCAGAAGAAGAUAGCUCUCCUUGAAAGCGAUUAUCUUGCUCAUCAAGAUCGCGUGGAUGGAAUCAAGGCCUUGGCCAAGAAGUUCGCUGACGAUGAACAUUUCAACGCCCCUGUUAUUAUUCGCAAACAGGAAGCCUUGCAGACACGUUUCCAGAACCUCCUUUUUCGUGACCCUCUUGAAAACCCUAUAGAACUAAGCGUGCGUAGUUCUUCUCUAUUUCAUUAG